CAAAGAUCCCGGAUGAAGCUUGGCGGGGAUCCUAAUUGACUUGCUGCAAAUGCAGGGAAUCAAGCAUGUUGAUCGACCUUGCCGACUUUCCGAUCUCUUGUUAUCUCUCCACUAUUGUAAGGCUGCGCCUGGCUGCACUGGAAACUGUCACCUUUUCACUUUUUCACCUUACCCAUGGGUUUACCUGUGGUUUUUAAGUAACUCAUACGGGAUACGUUACCAACAGAUUCAAUACCAGCAUUAUAGAAUUCAUGGUACUAAAAGCGUCUCCGCGCAUUAGCCCAUUACAUCUCUGCUAAGAUUGUUGGAUGGGGAAUCUGAUUUAUCUCACCUCGCCGUUUGCGCCACACACGUCCAACACUGAAAUAUUUAAAUCUGCUAAUAUACCCAUGUUUUGAAGUAUAUGUCCAGUCUUGUACUAUCGAGGCAUCAACGUAUUCUGUUCAAAUGGAUGAGGCGAAUCUUGCCCCCGUCUUAUUCCUAGAUGGAGGGUUGGGCACAUCUCUCGAGGAUAAAUAUGGCGUCAAAUUUGACGAAAAUACCCCGCUAUGGUCCUCUCAUCUCCUUAUCGAUGACCCGAGGACUCUGCGUGCGUGCCAGGCGGAUUUUGGCAGAGUCCCCGUCGACAUCUUGCUCACAGCAACGUACCAAGUUUCAGCAGAGGCCUUCGCAAGAACCAAGACCCCAAAUCAUCCGCAAGGCAUCGGCCGCCGAGAUAUCUCGGCUUUCCUCAAUCUCGCUGUUUCGAUUGCUGAAGAAGCUAAGGCCCCCGAGGCCCAGGUGGCUUUAAGCCUCGGGCCAUAUGGUGCCUGCAUGAUUCCUAGUCAAGAGUACAGCGGGAAGUAUGAUGCAGAACACAAUUCGUUAGAACAACUGUUCAAUUGGCACCAAGACCGCCUUGCCCUGUUUGAGCAGAUCGAUCAUCUAGGAUCUCGCAUCUCCCUCGUUGCUUUUGAGACCGUCCCAAGACUGGACGAGAUAAAGGCCAUUCGAGAACUUUUCACCCGCUCCCCGUCUUCUAAAUCGAGCUCGUCUUCUCUUCUUCGUGGGGAGAUACCAUUUUGGAUAUCCUGUGUCUUUCCUGGCGAUGCCUAUACUCUUCCUGACGGCAGUGAUAUUGAUCAAGUGGUCCAUGCUCUUCUGAGUCCAGAAUAUUCGGACGUUCUCCCUUGGGGAAUUGGCAUCAAUUGCACUAAAGUAGCAAAGCUUCCUCGCUUGGUUGAGAUGUAUGGACGCUCUGUUUCUAAGUUCGCCAGUUCUGGUCGACUUACGGGCCAUCCUACGUUAGUUCUCUACCCUGAUGGAACCAAUGGCGAGGUAUAUGAUACGGUGACGAAGACAUGGCAAGCACCGGCUGGUCACCAAGAUCUCAUGGUAAGUACAAUUAGAGAUGCGGUUAUGUGGUCUUAAGUAAGGACGCUGAAUAUGCAUCUAGACCCAGGCACCGUGGGAAAACCAACUUGCUGAGGUGGUUAAUCUCGCUCGAAAUCAGCAUUGCUGGAAGUCUAUCGUGGUUGGUGGGUGUUGCAAGGCAACUCACAGCGACAUCACGAGACUUCGUGC